GAGGUGAGACGGAAGCACAUUAAGCUGCACAUGGAAGGAGCGUUAACCGCGCGUGACAAAGUCGGGGUUCAAGACUUUGUGCUGUUGGAUUCUUACACCAGCGAAUCCGCUUUCAUGGAUAAUCUCCGCAAGCGUUACAGAGAGAACCUCAUCUAUACCUACAUUGGGACCCUCCUUGUGUCGGUGAAUCCUUACCAGGAGCUGGGCAUCUACACAAUGAAACAGAUGGAGCUUUAUCAAGGGGUGAAUUUCUUUGAACUACCACCACAUGUUUAUGCUAUAGCGGAUAACGCUUACCGCAUGAUGUGCUCAGAACUCAAUAACCACUUUAUCCUGAUCUCUGGGGAGAGCGGUGCCGGUAAAACAGAGGCAUCCAAGAAAAUUCUCCAGUACUUGGCGGUGACCUGCCCAAUGACGGAAUCACUACAGAUAGCCCGUGAUCGAUUAUUGCUUUCGAAUCCAGUCCUGGAGGCUUUUGGAAACGCAAAAACUCUCCGAAAUGAUAAUUCCAGCAGAUUUGGAAAGUACAUGGAUAUCCAAUUUGAUUUUAAGGGAAUUCCAGUAGGCGGUCAUAUUAUCAGUUACUUGAUAGAAAAAUCUCGAGUCGUUUUUCAAAACCAUGGAGAACGGAAUUUUCAUAUCUUCUACCAGCUGCUGGAAGGAGGUGAAGAUGACCUAUUAUCCUACUUGGGACUUGUGCGGACCCCCCAGGCAUAUUUUUAUCUAAAUCAGGGUCGGUGUGCCAAAGUGACUUCUGUUGAUGACAAGAAUGACUGGGAAACUGUGGUCAAAGCUUUCUCCAUCAUUGAUUUUAAUGAAACUGACUUGGAGAAUCUCUUUGGCAUUGUGGCCAGUGUCUUACACCUGGGAAAUGUUCACUUUGUCGAAGACGGGGAUGGAUGCGUCACUAUUCCUGACAACAGUCAGAUCCGAUGGAUAGCAAAGCUAUUAGGUAUUCACUUAUCAGCUCUUCAGGAAGCUCUGACAUAUAGAAAAAUUGAAGCCAAAUCAGAAGAGGUGUUAUGCCCAUUGAAUAUAGAUCUGUCGGUCUAUUCCAGAGAUGCGAUGGCUAAAGCUAUUUAUGGGCGGACCUUCACUUGGCUUGUCAACAAGAUCAAUGAGUCCCUAGCCAACAAGGACUUCACCCGAAAAACUGUAAUUGGAUUGCUUGAUAUCUAUGGAUUUGAAGUCUUUGAUAAGAACGGUUUUGAGCAGUUCUGUAUAAAUUACUGCAAUGAGAAACUUCAGCAGCUGCUAAUAGAGAUGACCCUGAAAGCAGAGCAAAUAGAAUAUGAGCUGGAAGGCAUCGAGUGGGAGCCGAUCCAAUACUUCAAUAACAAGAUUAUAUGCGACUUGGUGGAAGAGAAACACAAAGGAAUUAUUUCUAUUCUGGAUGAAGAAUGCCUGCGGCCUGGAACUCCUACAGAUCUGAGUUUCUUGGAAAAAUUGGAAGAGAAAGUAGGGAAACACGCUCACUUUCAAACCCGCAAACUCGCAGGUCCAAAGGCUAAAAAAAGGAUCAGUUGGCUGGAAUUCAGGCUUCUCCACUAUGCAGGAGAGGUCACCUACUGUGCUCGGGGAUUCUUAGAAAAAAACAACGAUCUCCUGUUCAGACAUCUCAAAAAGGUGCUCUGUGGGUCUAAAAACGGCAUUAUUAAAGAGUGCUUUCAUAUAGAAGAAUUAGAAAACAGGAAAAGGCCUAUAACGGUUGGAACUCAGUUCAAGAAUAGCGUGGCCAACCUCAUCAACAUCCUGAUGUCCAAAGAGCCUUCAUACAUUCGCUGCAUCAAACCCAAUGAGGGAAAAGAACCUAGUAAGUUUGAUGACUUCCUCAUAAGGCACCAGAUCAAGUACCUGGGUCUGAUGGAGCACUUGCGGGUGAGACGAGCUGGAUUUGCCUACAGGAGGAAAUACGAGCAUUUCUUGCAAAGGUAUAAAUCCUUGUGCCCAGAUACGUGGCCCCACUGGCAUGGUUCUCCGUUAGAAGGGGUAGAGAAGCUCAUCAAAUAUAUUGGUUACAAACCCGAGGAGUACAAAUUAGGGAGAACCAAGAUAUUCAUACGUUUCCCCAAAACUCUUUUUGCCACCGAAGACGCUUUCGAAUUUAGCAAACAUCAGCUAGUCGCAAAAAUCCAAAGCACAUACAAAGGUUGCCUAGAGAGGAGGAAUUACCUGAAAAAGAAGCAAGCAGCCAUUACACUUGAAGCCUACUGGAGAGGUGCCCUGGCUCGAAAGGAGAUCAAAAGGAGAAAAUGGGCUGUUCAGAUCAUCAGAAAGUUUAUAAGAGGGUUCAUCAGUCGAAAUAAGACUGUUUGUUCAGAAAAUGAAGAUUAUAUUAUCUUCGUGCGGAAGAAUUACAUCCUGAACCUGAGAAAGCACGUUCCCCAAAACGUAUUGGACAAGAGCUGGUUGAAGCCUCCGGCCAUGUUGGAAACUACUUCGGAAAUGCUGAAGAAACUCUGCACGAGGAACCUGGUGCGCCGGUAUUGUCGCGGGGUGACAGCUCGGAGGAAGGCUCAGAUGCAGCAGAAGGUGGUUGCGAGUGACCUGUUCCGAGGGAAGAAGGCUGGCUACCUGGAAAGUUUAGACCAGCCCUUUGCUGACAGCCGGAUCGAUGAGGCUGACAUUAAUCCCAAAGUCCUGCAGCUCCUCGGCAGCGAGAAAAUCCAGUAUGGCACUCCCGUGGUGAAAUACGACAGGAACGGAUUCAAAGCUCGACAACGGCAACUAAUCCUUACGGAGAAGGCGCUGUACGUGGUGGAACUUGCUAAAAUUAAGCAGAGAAUAGACUAUGAAUCAGUAAAAGGUAUUUCCACCAGCAAUCUGAAUGAUGGACUCUUUGUCAUCCACGUCUUCCCGGAGGACAACAAACAGAAGGGUGAUAUAAUUUUACUGUGUGAACGUAUCUUUGAAACGGUGACGAAGAUCUCCAUGGUGGCGAAGAAAGAGGGUCUAGUGCAGAUUGUUCAAGGAAGUUUACAAUUUUACAUCAGUCUGGGAAAAGAAGGCACCAUAAUUUUCAACACUGGACAGGAAGAGCAGAUCUAUAAAGACAAAGAUGGACAAUUAAUAGUGGUAACUAUUGUUGUGGUAAUAGUGAUAACGUCUGGGGAGGCUGACUAUCAGGUACACGGAGGCAAGCCAGAAAGAUCCAGCUGUUUGGGGUCCUCUGGCUCUUGGUCUGAAUCUGCUGGGAGCCCGAAAGGUCAGAUUCUUCCCUGGUCCAAUGGGGUGCCUGCCCCGCUUACUUCCAAAGGGUGUGGGAGAAUAUAAGCAUGACUGGUUUGAAAAGCUCGGUGUCUGGGGAGGGAGGAAAGGAUGCUGGCGAUGGCAGCGGGCCUUCACACACACCUUGGCGUGACAUUCUAGGUUGUCAAGAACCACAGGAAGUUAACUGUGGUUACUUAAUGACGAGCAGGAGCCAGCCACAUCCAUGAUACAGGAAGCACAGGGGAACAGAAAGCCCUGGUCCGAGACUAGAAACCUGUCUUCUGGUCUUGGGCUUGAUAAUUAUUCAACAUGUGUGACCCCUGACCCCUCUUCAUCUGCAAAAUGUAAACAUUAUACUUCCAGCACCUCCAGCGGGUUGUGAAAAGAUCCCUAAAGGUGAAAUAAAUGAGGAACAAUAGUGUGGCUUGGUUAACUGUCUUCUACACUGGGGCAGGGGGAAGAGACACAACCAUUUCCCUCUUUUAACUAAGUCUCCUUUCUCCCAUAGGUGUCAGUCCCGAUGAAAUCCUGAUAUGGGCCACGUUGGACCGUCGGGGAAAAGAAACACACGGACUCCCGUUGGACAAGAAUUCAACUUCAUGCCUAAAGCUGAGGAUGUUCUUGAGGAGCCGAACGUUCAACUUUCUGCCUCCUAUUUUAAUGGGGGACAGUCACUUUCCGCUAGAUUAGACCCCUCCACUCUAGCUAGUCUUUCCAAACAAAGCCUCUUGAAUGUUUUCACGGUACUUAAUGCGCGCUUGACUUUCCCCUUCCCUCGAGUAAUUCUGGGGCCUGAAAAGUGCCUUCCAGCCCUCCUGCUGCCUCCUCACUGGCAACCUCCCAAGUGGGACUACUUUUUUUGUGGCCCGGGGAAUGGCCAGCCCCGAGACUGGGAUGGAGAGACCACGCUGGAAAUGUGGGGUGGGGAUGAGGUGGCUGAGUACACAAUCGGACAAUUAGUAAGAGAAAGAUUUUACAGAGCUGCAAACAUGGAGUUUUAGGCUUUAAAUAAAUGGGGCCCAGAACACUUGAGGAGUUGCUUAAAUAGCUCCUCUGAAGGCCAUUUCCGUAGUCCCAGCUCUCAGCUGGAAGGCAGGGAUUGUGGAAAAUCUACCAAGGAUGUGACAACAUGGCAGAUCAACAUGUCUUUGCUCCUUUAGUACAGCGGUGUUUUGACCCAAGACUCCCCAACGGCCUUGCACCAAACCUCUCCCAGCCCCAAGGCCUCUGAGCUAUUAGAAUGCAAACCCUGGCUUCAAUGGGCUCGAAACAGCUAGAAAACAGGGACCGGAUAGCCGUAUGUACAAGUCCUUUAUAUCAUUUUUAUUCUGCAUAUAUAUUUCUGUAGAGACAAAUGCUUGUAACUCAAACACUGAAUACUUCUAAAACAAAACAAAACACAAGCAUUUUAUGCAUAGCUUUAAGGGGCCACACAAUUAGUACGAGACAUCUGAAUGUGCGCAAGUGAUAUUUUUGGUGACUCUAGUUAAAAGUGAACCUCGACAGGAAAGGAUUUCACUAUAGCAACUCUACUCUGAAUCUCGCCCAUUCUCCCCUCCACAGUCCUGGUCCAUGAUGUGCUCAUGGCUCAGAUGUGAUCCACAAAUGCUCAGGGUUUCAGGAUCUGUCAGUUUUUCCCAAGGAUACAGAAACACAUGUUAGAAAAGACUGGAUGAAGAGCUAAAGUGACCAUUGUGCUCCUACGUGGCUCAGAAAGUCCACUCUUGCGGGCAGC